AAUGGCUUCACUCCUCUGUACAUGGCUGCUCAGGAGAAUCAUCAGAAGGUGGUCAGAUACCUGCUGGACCAUGGCUCCACACAGGGCAUCGCUACAGAGGACGGCUUCACCCCCCUGGCCGUGGCGUUGCAGCAGGGACAUGACCAGGUGGUCUCUCUGCUCCUGGAGAACGACACUAAAGGGAAGGUCCGCCUCCCGGCGCUCCACAUCGCCGCCCGCAAGGACGAUACCAAGGCUGCUGCACUGCUGCUCCAGAUCGACCACAACGCAGAUGUAGAGUCCAAGAUGAUGGUGAAUAGGACCACAGAGAGUGGCUUCACUCCGCUGCACAUUGCUGCUCACUACGGCAACAUCAACGUGGCAACGCUCCUCCUCAACCGCGGCGCAGCCGUUGACUUCAAGGCCAGGAAUGACAUCACGCCGCUUCAUGUGGCUUCUAAGAGAGGGAACGGCAACAUGGUCAGACUACUGCUGGAGAGGGGAGGCAAGAUAGACGCCAGGACCAAGGACGGUCUGACCCCUCUCCACUGUGGCGCCAGGAGCGGACAUGAACAGGUGCUGGAGAUGCUGCUAGACAGAGGAGCCCCCAUCCUGUCCAAAACUAAGAACGGUCUAUCUCCCCUCCACAUGGCCACCCAGGGGGACCAUCUGAACUGUGUUCAGCUCCUGCUACACCACGAUGUUCCUGUUGAUGAUGUCACCAACGACUACCUGACGGCCCUGCAUGUCGCCGCCCACUGCGGACACUACAAGGUUGCCAAGGUCAUUGUGGACAAGAAGGCCAAUCCCAACGCUAAAGCACUGAAUGGUUUUACGCCGCUCCACAUCGCCUGCAAGAAGAACAGAAUCAAAGUGAUGGAACUGCUGCUGAAACACGGAGCGUCCAUACAGGCUGUGACGGAGUCGGGUCUCACUCCCAUCCAUGUGGCGGCUUUCAUGGGACACGAUAACAUUGUGACUCAGCUGACGAAUCACGGAGCUUCGCCAAACACAACUAAUGUGAGAGGAGAGACAGCGCUCCACAUGGCAGCGAGGGCCGGACAGCCUGACGUGGUCAAAUACCUGAUUCACAACGGAGCCAGAGUGGAGGCCAAGGCCAAGGACGACCAGACACCACUCCACAUCUCCAGUCGUCUUGGGAAGCCUGACAUCGUGUUGCAGCUGCUGCAGAAUGGGGCGUGUCCUGACGCCACUAACACCUCCGGCUACACCCCCCUACACCUGGCUGCCAGAGAGGGGCACAGAGACAUCGCCUCAGUCCUCCUUGACCAGGGGGCGUCUCCGGACAUCACUACCAAGAAGGGCUUCACUCCCCUCCAUGUUGCAGCUAAGUAUGGGAAGAUAGAAGUGGUCAACCUUCUGCUGCAGAGACACACUGCGCCCGAUGCAGCUGGGAAGAGUGGCCUGACUCCUCUCCAUGUAGCUGCUCACUAUGACAACCAGAAGGUGGCUCUGCUGCUGCUGGACCAGGGAGCUUCACCGCACGCUGCUGCUAAGAAUGGAUACACUCCUCUCCACAUCGCGGCUAAGAAGAACCAGAUGGAGAUAGCCACAACGCUACUGGAGUACGGAGCCGACACCAACGCUAUGACACGCCAGGGCAUCACACCGCUGCACUUGGCCUCUCAGGAGGGCAACGUAGACAUCGUUACCCUGCUACUAGCCAGGGACGCCACCAUCAGCCUGGGCAACAAGAGUGGUCUGACUCCUCUCCACCUGGCAUCUCAGGACGACAAGGUCAACGUAGCUGAGGUGCUGGUUAACCAGGGGGCCACUGUUGACCCAGAGACUAAGAUGGGAUACACUCCGCUGCACGUGGCGUGUCACUAUGGAAACGUGAAGAUGGUCAACUUCCUGCUAAAGAACCAGGCCAAGGUCAACGCCAAAACCAAGAACGGCCACACCCCCCUUCACCAGGCGGCCCAGCAAGGCCACACCCACAUCAUCAACGUCCUGCUGCAGCACGGAGCCUCUCCCAACCACCUGACUGUGAAUGGUAACACAGCCCUGUCCAUCGCCAGGAGACUGGGGUACAUCUCUGUAGUGGAUACUCUGAAGGUCGUCACCGAGGAAACACAGACCACUCUGACGGUGACCGAGAAGCAUAACAUGAACAUUCCAGAAACCAUGAACGAGGUUCUGGACAUGUCAGAUGAUGAGGGUGAGGAUGCGAUGGCAGGCGACAUGGAUAAGUACCUGGCACCCCAGGACCUGAGAGAGCUGGGAGACGACUCUCUGCCCCAGGAGGGAUACGUGGGCUUUAGCAUCGGAGCCCGCAGCGCCAGCCCUAAGGUCUGCAGCGUGCGGUCCUUCAGUUCGGAUAGGUCCAACACCCUGAACAGGACCUCUUACACCAGAGACAGCAUGAUGAUCGAAGAGAUACUGGCUCCUACCAAGGACACGGGUGCCUGUAAAGACAUGUCCUUCAUAACUGAGCCUCAGAAUAAGGUGGCCAGCAGAGACUGUGACUCUAACUCUCUGAGACACUAUAGCUGGACAGCUGACACCUUGGACAACAUCAACAUGGUCUCCAGCCCCAUACACUCUGGCUUUUCCUCUCCUCUACCUCAGUAUGACUCCAGGUUCCUGGUUAGUUUCAUGGUGGACGCGCGCGGCGGCUCCAUGCGGGGAAGUCGUCAUAACGGGAUGCGCAUUAUCAUCCCGCCCAGGAAGUGCACGGCUCCGACACGCAUUACCUGCCGCCUGGCGAAGAGGCACAAGCUGGCCACUCCCCCACCGAUGGUGGAUGGAGAGGGAUUGGCCAGCAGGCUGGUGGAGGUGGGGCCUGCUGGAGCUCAGUUCCUGGGCCCUGUGAUCGUGGAGAUCCCCCAUUUUGGUUCAAUGAGGGGGAAGGAGAGAGAGCUGAUCAUGCUGAGGAGUGAGAACGGAGAGACCUGGAAGGAACAUCAGGACGACUACAAGACAGAUGACCUCAAUGAGCUGCUCAACGGCAUGGAUGAAGAGCUGGACAGUGCCGAGGACCUGGAGAAGAAGCGUAUCUGUCGCAUCAUCACCAAGGAUUUCCCACAGUACUUUGCGGUGGUGUCUCGUAUCAGACAGGAGAGCAGCCAGAUGGGCCCAGAGGGAGGAGUCCUCUCCAGCCUGACACUCCCAUUGGUCCAGGCCUCCUUCCCCGAGGGGGCGCUCACCAAAAAGAUACGCGUGGGACUGCAGGCCCAGCCGGCUCCUGAUGACAUGGUGAAGAAGAUCCUUGGUAACCGGGCAACCUUCAGCCCCAUAGUGACGGUGGAACCUCGACGCAGGAAGUUCCACAAACCCAUCACCAUGACGAUCCCGGUCCCGCCCCUGUCAGGGGAGGGGGUUAGCAAUGGCUACAAGGGAGACUCCACCCCCUGCCUGAGGUUGCUAUGCAGCAUCACCGGCGGAACCUCUCCUGCCCAAUGGGAGGACAUCACUGGGACCACACCCCUAACCUUCGUCAACGACUGUGUCUCCUUCACUACCAAUGUCUCUGCCAGGUUCUGGCUAGCUGACUGCCACCAGAUCCCAGAGACAGUAGGCCUGGCCAGCCAGCUUUACAGAGAGCUCAUCUGUGUUCCUUACAUGGCCAAGUUCGUGGUGUUCGCCAAGAUGAACGACCCUAUGGAGUCCCACCUGCGCUGCUUCUGUAUGACAGACGACAAGGUGGACAAAACCCUGGAACAGCAGGAGAAUUUUGAGGAGGUGGCCAGGAGCAAAGACAUUGAGGUUCUGGAGGGGAGGCCCAUCUAUGUGGACUGCUAUGGUAACUUAGCUCCUCUGACCAAGGCUGGACAGCUACUGGUGCUCAACUUCUACGCAUUCAAAGAGAACCGGCUUCCUUUCUGUGUGAAGGUCAGAGACAACAGCCAGGAGCCGUGUGGCCGUCUGACGUUCCUGAAGGAGACCACUAAGACCACUAAGGGUCUCCCCCAGACGGCCGUGUGUAACCUGAACAUCACCCUACCUGCGCUGAAGAAGGAAAUGGAGUCAGACCCAGAUGAAGAGACAGAAAAGCCAGAACGACGUCAUACCUUUACAUCUCUAGCCUUACGUAAGCGUUACAGCUAUCUCGCCGAGCCCGCCAUGAAAACAGUUGAGCGAAGCACAGCAAGAACACUGCCUGCUGGUUACGCUCACAAACCUGUCUUUUCAACAAGAUCUUACCAGGCAUGGUCGGCUGCGCCUCUUCCCCACACUGUCCAAGCAAGGUGUGGACUGGGCGCCCUCUCCAGCUCACCGUCCAACACACCAUCUGCAUCGCCACUAAAGUCUGUCUGGUUGCUCUCCUCUGCCUCUCCAAUCAAAUCCACCCUCGGAGCCUCACCAUCACAUUCAGUCAAGUCCUCUGGCGACGUAGCUUCUUCACCUGUCAGAUCCUAUAGAACUAUGGCCUCCCCUGUUAAGACUGUUGUACAGCAGGCCCAGUACCCUGUCCAGGUCUCUGCCAGUCUGGUGUCCUCUUCCUCUAAACCUGGAGCAGAUCCUGUCUUCAUUAAAGGACUAUCCACCCCGUUUUCUUCCAGGACCACCCCAGCCUCUAGCACAGGGUCUGUUCCAGAUAGAUCAACCAUGACUCAACCUAAAUCUCCCAAGUCCACAGCCAACAUGUACAACUCUAGAUUACCCUUAAAAUCAGUCCUGUCCUCAUCAUCCUCCUCCCCUGUCAGAACCAUCGCUGGCCUGUCCUCAUCCUCCUCCCCUGUCAGAACCAUCGCUGGUCUGUCCUCAUCCUCCUCCCCUGUCAGAACCAUCGCUGGCCUGUCCUCAUCCUCCUCCCCUGUCAGAACCAUCGCUGGUCUGUCCUCAUCCUCCUCCCCUGUCAGAACCAUCGCUGGCCUAUCCUCAUCCUCCUCCCCUGUCAGAACCAUCGCUGGCCUGUCCUCAUCCUCCUCCCCUGUCAGAACCAUCGCUGGCCUGUCCUCAUCCUCCUCCCCUGUCAGAACCAUCGCUGGCCUGUCCACUACUUCAGCUACGUCUAAGGUGAAGCCCCUCCCCUCUCUGUCCUCACCAGCCCACUCCUCAGAAGCCUCUGCUAUGGUGAAUGGAUUAGUUUCUCCCAUGAAGUAUGCCUCUUCUUCUCAGUCCUCCUCCCCCUCUCCCUCCUCCCCCUGCUCCUGUCUGCUCUCUGAUAGGUCUAUCAGUCUGCAGGAGAGGAUACAGCCCACCCCUCCCACUGCCACGUCCAAUGUUAGUGCAGCUAUAAAUGAGGCUGAAAGGACAUUUAACUCUUCGGGGUACGGAACACUCAAAUCAGUGUCCUCCUCACGUAGAUCGGACAACUCAACUUCUGUCUACGGCUCUAUGAGGUCUCAAACCUCUUCCACCACCUCAGCAACAUACAAUACAAUGACUGUACCAGUGUACUCUUUUCUCGAUGUUGUGACCGAGUCCGAAGUGAAAAAAGGGCCGGGGUCGCUGAAGAUGUCGCCUGCAGACUCUCGCAGGUCAAAGACGGCAGUGAAGUCCCCUCCUUACAUCACCCCCCCAGGGCUCACUCUAACCCCGCCCUCCUCCCUGUCCUCCAAUCAGGACAUCCUGAAAGACGUGGCCGAUAUGAAGGAGGACCUGAUCAGGAUGACGGCCAUCUUACAGACUGACCCCAGAACGGCCAGGAACGUUCCGUCUCAGACACCUAAAGAGCCUAAGAUGGAGGAUGAGGAGCCCUUCACGAUAGUAGAGAAAGUGAAGGAGGAUCUAGUUAAAGUCAGUGAGAUACUGACCAAGGAUGUGGUGAGUGAUAGUCAAGCCUGUAGAGGGAAGCCCUCUGAGGAGGAGUGGGAGGAAUUCUCUAAAGAUGAGUUAGAGGAAGCCCAGCAAAGUGCUGAGGAAUUCUUUCACCCCCCAUUUGAUGCUAACACCCUCUCCUUUAGGCCCCAGUCUAUGCCCAGUAAAGAGUUGAAUCUAGCCCAGGUUGUUGACUACCUGGCCAAUGACAUAGGCGCUAGUUCUCUUUCUAAGAUGGCCGAGAUGAAGAGCCGAUAUGAGGAGGCGAAAAGGGAAGGGGAGGACAAACAGAAACUGAAGAAACUCAAGAUGCCGCCGCCCCCAGGCAUGCGCACCUCUGCCUCGGAGAAAGACUUAUGUAAACUAGCAGAGACGUAUAAUGGACCUGACGCCAUAUUGGAGUCACCAGAGGACUUCUCUCAUGAGCAGGAUAAGAGUCCUCUGUCAGACAGCGGCUUUGAGACCAGGAGUGAAAAGACUCCUUCAGCCCCCCAAAGUGCAGAGAGCACAGGGCCCAAACCCCCCUUCACUGACCCCAUCCCCCCCUGCAUCACCGAGACUAGGACCGAGGUGGUCCAUAUCAGGAGCUACGAGCGCCCAGACGGACCCGGUGAGGCGCUGAUGGAGGAGGCAGCCUCAGCAUCGCCGGCUUGCAUUGAACCAGAGGUCUCCGCCGCCUUCAUCAAAGACAAAGUCAAAUCAUUCCAGAUGAAAGUGUCUGACGACUCUGACUCUGUCGUUAGCAAGAGCAUGAGGCUCAAAGAGGAGACCCACAUCACCACCACGACGCGCAUGGUUUACCACAAGCCGCAGCUGAAGGACGGCUCUGAGAGGAUCGAAGAGACCAUGUCAGUCAGAGACAUCAUGAAAGCAUUCCAGUCCGGAAGGGACCCCUCCAAGGAACUAGCUGGACUGUUUGAGCACAAGGCUGGCCAGGACUCUGUCAAAGGGGAUGAACUCACCCCUAGGUUCCUUGAUAACGACACUAAAGCCAAUAGAAUAAUGGAGGUUCACAUAGAAAAAGAAGGAAACACAUUCCAACCAACUGAGGUGAUUAUCAGGGAGACCAAGAAUCAUCCAGACUCUUAUUUCUAUAAAGGAGACAGUAGAAUCCAAGAACUGCCUAAUUACAACGAGGCGCAGCAGGAAGGGGAGGAGCUUACUGCUGAUGAUAGCCGGCCCAGCUCCGCUCAGCUCAUGGCCGAUGACUCCUAUCACGAUGACGAGCUCUCUGAACUCAGGGGAGAGUCUUACAGGUUCGCUGAGAAGAUGCUCCAUUCUGAGAAACUAGACAUAGCCCACUCUGAUACAGAGGACUCUAUGGCCGACCAAACACACCGUAUGACCUCAGAGUCGCAUGGGGCAGAGAGCGAUUACGGUGAGAAAGGGGCUGUGCCCAGGAAAGAGUUCACUUUCAAGUCAUCAAAGGAUACAUCCUUUAAGUCAGGUAAAUGUUCACAUAAGGAUGACCAGUUUGACAAAGUGACAGUGUUGCAUUACACCGCAGAGCCAGGCAGUCCAAAACAUGCCGUUUGGAUGCGCUUCACCGAGGACAAGCUGGACAGGAACAGAGAGAAGCUCAUCUACGAGGACCGCGUGGAUCAAACUGUCAAGGAAGCGGAGGAGAAACUAAGCGAGGUCUCUCAGUUUUUCCGUGACAAAACUGAGAAACUGAACGACGAGCUGCAAUCCCCGGAGAAAAAGCCUCCAAAGAGAGACCCCAGGGAGACCAGGUCUGGGCCCAGCUCCACCUGUGGUAGCCCAGAGAAAACCCAGCAGAAAGCCAAGGCAGAGAGGGAGGAGUGGGGCAAGGGAAGGGGGAACAUACUGUUCAGUAGUACGACUGAGAGGAAGAGCUCUAGUCUACCCAACAGUCCAGAGAGAGCUGUUCUCUCCCGCUUCAGUGAGGAGACAUCCAAACAGCAGACAAAGGUGGAGGAAUGGUCUGAGCCAAGCCAUGUUAAAGCCUCCACCUCUAGAGUGAGCUCUGUUAGGAUGAAGUUUGAAUCAGAGGCUCAGAACCAAGAUAAGAGGAGUUCUCAGCUAGUACAGUCCACACCCCCAGUCAGCAGGCUGCAGGAGAGCAAACUGCCGGUGGAUCAACUGUUCACUGGAGGAAAGACAACUAAAGGGUCUGAGGCCACAGAGGAAGGAAGUCCUUCUAAAAAGAGUCCAGAGAAACCCAAAGGACCUGCCUCAAAUAGCAGUAAGUCAGUUGUCUCAUCAGCUGCCCCAAAACAAUCAGGAGACAAACGGACUAAUAAGAACCUACUAUACACCACAGCCCAAAAACACCUAACAGGGCAGACUGAUAAAGAACCAGAGGAAACAACCCCAAGGCAGACUGAUAAAGACCCAGAGGAAACAACCCCAAGGAGCCAGGAGAGGAUUGGGACCCCAACGAGCCAGGAGAGGAUUGGGAUCAGUAAGGGUGGAAAGGGACCAGCAUCACAUGACACACCCAAGGAGAGAAGUGGUGAAGGUGAAAAAGCAGACGUUUCCGGAAGGGAUUCUCCUUCCAGACAGGUCGCAUCAAGUCCCACAACCAAUAGGGUUGCUCAUUCUGAACCUGUGUCUAAAGACUAUGGGGAUGCACCAAACAAGAAUGUUAGAAAAAGGCCAGAGUCCCAGAUCCCAGUCAGGUCUGUGUCUAGUCACUCAGACAGCGAUCAGUCAAAGAAAGCAAAACAAGACACAGUAAUUAAGCCAUCUGAAAAGACAUCCCAAAUCCCCAUACUAACUAUGAACAGAAUGCAGGUCAGCCCAGUAACAAGCCCUAUAAAGACAGAAGAACUAACAGACACGUCUCUAGAAAUAUUAGAUAACGCACCAAAAGAUUCUAACUUGAACAAUGUGCGUGACACUUGCACAAGAGAAAAACAAGAGAGAUUAGCACCAGAGAAAACCACCACCAGAGAAAACUUCAAAAGCAUCAAAACAUUACCUGUGUAUGUGAGUGUCCAGGUGGGUAGGCAGGGAGAAAGAGAGGGCAGAGGAGGGGUACUGUACAAACAGAAACAGCCCUCAUCGCCUCAGGCCAGUCCUGAUGAUGACACGCUAGAGCAGGUCUCUUUCAUAGACAGCUCAGGGAAGAGUCCCCUCACCCCAGAGACCCCCAGCUCAGAGGAGGUCAGCUAUGACCUCACCUCCAGAACACCAGACUCCAUCCUGGGCUUCAUGCCCUUCCAGCCCAGCCCUAUUCCAGAGGUCUCUGAGGACUCCUCAGAGGACGAGCAGGGCCAGGACUUUUCCUUCAAGGACUUCCCACCAGAGAGACCUAAUGUCACAGCAGCUGACCUUAAGAAUGGAAACCACCAGGCUGGACAGACGCCUAAAGACAAAGGAGUAGCGUACAUCCAGUUCCCCCCUCCGCCUCCCCUGGACUCUGAGCAGUCCAACCCUGAGAAGAAGAAGAAGGAGGGAUCAUGUGGUUCCUUGGAGACGGAGAUGAUGGAGGUCAAUCUCCAGGAAGAGCAUGAUAAACACUUCCUUACGGAGCCCAUCAUCAGAGUCCAGCCCCCCUCCCCGGUCCCCCCCGGGGCUGAUGACAGUGACUCUAGUGAUGAUGAGUCCGUCUUCCAGCCCCUCUCCUUUAAGAAAUACACCUUUAAGAUCUCAGAGGGGCAGGAGCAGGAGGACAAGAGUGGGUCCAAAUCCCCAAAACAGGAUAAAAACAGAAACAACAAAGAGCCAGGAACUAACAGAACUAAUGGAAGUAAUGGAAUUUACGAAGCUGGUAAAACAGUGGAGUACGACUCUGAACAGAAUGGAAACGACCAGUCCAUAACAGACUGUUCUAUCGCCUCGACGCCAGAGUUCUCUCAUGACACUGACGCUACUGAGAUUGACUCCCUGGACGGGUAUGACAUGCAGGAUGAGGAUGAUGGUCUGUGUGAGAUGGACACUAAACCCUUCAGCCUGCCGGACAGCAGGAAGGACGUGUGGGCCUCAGACAGCAUGCUCCGGUCCUGCGACCGCUCCUUCAGUCAGACCAAACUAGAGGUCAUUGAAGAGGAAAAAACACCGGAGGAGGAAUGCAGAAAGGCUCAAGCUAAAAGUUAUCCAGUUGACAUUAAAACGGAUGGGGCCAGCUCUCAGGACCAGAAGGACAAAGAUGGGUUUUCUGAUACGUACUUUAGUUACAAGCUAGAGGAGGCGUUUGACUCUCCAUUUAAAACUGUUGCUACUAAAGGUCUGGACUUUGACCCCUGGUCCAGUAAAGGAGGUGACGAUGAAGUGGUUGACGCCAGGAUAAAAGACGACGAGCCGAAGCCGUUUGGGCUGGCAGCAGACGACAGGUCACAGGCCACGACCCCAGACACGACCCCUGCCAGAACCCCGACCGAUGAUAGCACCACGCCGACUAGCGAGCCUAACCCAUUUCCCUUCCAUGAAGGGAAGAUGUUUGAGAUGACUCGCAGUGGUGCGAUUGACAUGAGCAAGCGGGAUAUUGUUGAAGAGAGACUGCAGUUUUUUCAGAUUGGCCCUCAGAGCCCCUGUGAGAGGACUGACCUGCGGACGGCCAUAGUGGCAGAUCACUUGGGUCUGAGCUGGACUGAGCUUGCCAGGGAAAUGGAUUUCUCUGUAGAUGAGAUCAAUCACAUCCGUGUGGAUAACCCCAACUCUCUGACCACUCAGAGUUUCAUGCUUUUAAAGAAAUGGGUUAGCAGAGAUGGUAAAAAUGCCACAACGGAUUCCCUUACGGAGGUCCUGACUAAGAUCAAUCGGAUGGAUAUUGUGAAAUUGCUGGAAGGGCCAAUAUUUGACUAUGGUAACAUUUCAGGCACAAGAUGCUUUGCUGAUGAUAACGCAGUUUUCCUGGAUCAGUGUGAUGGCUCCAGCAACAUCCAGCGGGAGCUUCAGACCCCCACAGGGCUGAGCUAUCAGCCCCCCACCCCGCUGUGCAGCGACUACUUCUUUGGUGAGGACGCUGGCCUAGACUCCCCCUCUAGAACGCCCACUAGACCAUGUGACUUGUCACUCACCCAGACCACCAGCAACCUAGGCCCCGCCCCCAAUGCUCAGCCCCCCACCAUGGUGGUAGAGGAAGACACCUCUGGACCGCUAGACUCCCGGGGCGCCGGGGAGGGCGCCGGGGGAGGCGGGAGCCCUGAAGGGGCCUCCACUGAAGACGACACAGGGGUUAGCAGAGAGUCAGUGGCCUCACACGAGCCCCAUGACAGGGAGGCCGGGGUGAGAGAGGAGGCUGAGCAGGAUGUUGACAUGGGGAUGCUGAUACAUCAGAUUGAUCUUCCUCAGGGGGUGGUCAGGGAAGAUGAGUGGCUGGCUGGAGCCACAGGAGACCCACCAGAGACCCUCAGCUCUAGACCUGCCCUGGGGGGAGAGGGUCUUACUACGGGGGGAGAGGGUGGUGGGUCUGGUUCUCCCGAGGAGGAGAUGAGUGAGGAGACGUUAAAGUCUCUGUUGGAGGAGAUGGCGCUGGAGGAAGGCUCGGAGGACGAGGAGAUGACGGAGGACAGGAUAAACGCCAUCUUGUCUCAGGUGCAGCAGGCAGACAAAGAUGUGAUGUCAUCACCUGCAGGUUGGCACAGUGAGACGUCCAGCGUGAACGUGGAGCCCCCGACACCUGGCCGCGGUCUGAGUGCUGAGGGCAUCGACUGCCAGGACACCAGCCCUGUGAACUCCCUGGACUCCCUGACGACGUCACCUGACCGACCAGCAGGGAAAUACAAUGGAGACCACGCUGACUUCCUGUCCCAGCCUGGGUCACUUCCUGAGGCCCAGGGUUCGUCCAACGGGGAGAUGGGUCAUGGCCAGGUGGAGGACGAGGGAAGAGCGUCAGCGUCACAAGGAGGGCAGGAGGAGGGAAGCAGAAGGGCUCUGGAAGAGGACAGCACAGCAGGACCAAGCAGCAAGGAGCAGCAGGAGGAGGAGGGAGGAGUUCAGGGGUCACAGCACAAAGUCCAGGAGGGUGGUAGAGAUAAGGAGACCAGCUCUGAUGAGGAACGGACUGUCACCACCAAGGUGUACCGACGAAGGUUCAUUCUGAAG